CCUUAAGCCCUUGUGUGAUUUUUAAAUUUAUAUUAGUUAUUGAAUUUAUUUAUAUGGUGAUAUUUGGAAUGUUGUUUCUGAUUUUGAUUCUUUUUGGAAUCUCGAAAUUUAUGUAUGUGGAUGCUUUAAUAUAUGUUUAGUAUCAUAAUUUAUUUUCAUUUAUACGGUUAGGACCUUUAUAUUGUUAUAUGGAUAGUACAUUGUGGCUUUGUAGAUACACUGAAGAACAUUUUACGGAUAUUGUAUUGCUGUUGUAAAAGUUGGAAAUGGAAUUUUUUAAAUGUUACGACCUGAGUGCUUAAUGGUUCUUUUUGCCAUUGCAUUAUGCUCUGUUGCAUUCGAAAUAUAUGUUAGUUAAAAAAGAGAAAAAAAGAUAUUGCUAUAAUGCUCUAGGAAUUGAGAACAUGCUAUGGCAUUAGUGUGACACGAGGCUUGGCCUUGCCUACCUAGCGAUGGAGUGGGAUUAGAAAUAGUUUUAGGAUGCUUCUGUUGUUGGGAGAAAAGAGUUUUUCUAUAACUUUUGGCUUUGGUUUUUCAUUUUUGACUGCCUCGUGUUGUUGCACUCUAUAAUAAGAUGACUCUAUAUGAUAUUAGUUAUAGUGAAAGUUAGAUGCCUACAUCUUUCUAGUUCAUAUAUGUUUGUAUGUCCCUUUUUGUCAAGUGCUCUUCUAGUUCAUAUGUGAAAAUCAUGACCUUGACAUUAUACUAAACAGAGGAUUAGAUGUUUCAAUAUACUUAACUGAAACUAGAUUUCUCCUGCUAAUGGUGGAUUAUUUGAGGCUCUUUGUUAUUUAUAGUCACUUCAUACAGUUUUAUAUCAAAAGCUUGUUCCAAUUUACAUUUUAUGUGAUUUAGUAGUAAGCCUUUUUUUUUGUGUGUGUGUGUGUGUGUGUGGUUCAAGCUAUUUUUAGUCCAAAUUUAAAAUCCAGCUUUGAGCAUUUGCUAAGGCUAUAUAUGUCUUUGGAUUUGCAUUUUUAAAUCUCCUGAAGACAAGUUGAUUUUUCAGAGAAAAAUGAUUCACAAAAGACACUAUGCUGAUGAGGAUUCUUUUGAGUUCCCUUGUAAGCACCCAAAAGUGUGUGACUACACCAAUCACCUUGCUCCUAUCAUGGAUUUCAAUCCUUCCAAUGAUGCUGGUCUGGAACCUCAAACUUCAGAAGAUGGAACCAGCCACAGCUUCAGCAAAUGUCAAGAUCAAAAGGCAUUUGCAUUUGAUUCUGUUACAGAAGUUUCAAAUGGGACUGAUGAGGAAUUUGAAAUAGGUACUUCUGGCUGUAUUUCUCAAUUUCUGUGGGAAAACAGCAGCAUUGCCGAAGCAGAUGCUAAGUUUGAGGCAGCAUUUCAUCUGUCAUUUUUUCCAGAAUAUUUUGCCCCUCAACACCAGCUAAGGGCUUUGCUUCAAUCCGAUGAGACUUAUUCAUCUCUUCUUGAAGUUCCUCCUCUGAUUCCAGUUUCUAUUGGACCUGAGCAUCAAGCUGAUGUUCCUGAAUGGAACCCAAGGGGUUCAAAGAGCUUUGUGGAUAAUCUGGAUGUGUCAGGCCAUCAAGUUGAACUUGCACCUUCUCCGGAUUUUAGCCUUAUUGUUGAUGAUGGUGAUGAGGAGAAGCUGAUGGGUACUUGUGUCAUUUCAAUGCCUGAUUAUGAAAUGUCUGCCAAUUAUUGCUCAGAAAGAUGUGGAAUCAGAAAUUGUUGUAAAUGCAUUGAUAGGGAUUCUAUUGAUUGUGUCAGACAACAUGUUAUGGAAGCCAGAGAAAAACUUAGGCAAAACCUUGGGGAAAAAAUAUUUGAGGAGUUAGGUUUCUGUGAAAUGGGAGAGGAGGUCUCAAAGAGAUGGACUGAAGACGAAGAGCAAGCUUUCCAUGAAGUUGUCUUUUCUAACCCUGCAUCAAUGGGGAAGAAUUUUUGGGACCAUCUCUCAUUAGUUUUCCCCUCCCGAACAAAGAGGGACCUUGUCAGCUAUUAUUACAAUGUCUUUAUCCUACAGAAACGUGCCAAUCAAAACAGGUUUGACCCGCAGAAUGUUGACAGUGAUAAUGAUGAAUGGCAAGUAAGUGAACUUGAAGCUGGUACGGCAGAGGAAGAUGAGGACUCUGGUGUUGAAUCUCCGACCAAUCAAGAUGCUCCCGCUUGUCAGGAGGAUCAUGCAAAGGAUUGCCAAGAUGACAUUGAGGAUGAGUAUGAGCAAGAUUAUUCUAAGAAUGGUGCUCAGGUUGUCUCAACUGUUGCAAGUGAUGAAGAUGAAGGAGGUGUGGAUGAUAUAUCUGUACAACAGGUUAAGAACUCCUUUGGUGACUCUGGUGGCAACACCGACUUACAUUUUUUGAGUAAAAUUCAAAGCAGUUACAGGGAGGAUGAUGAUGUACAAGAUGAUUCAUGCACAUCAUAUGAAUUUUAGCAAAUUGAAAGCUGUGAUCCACUUAAUACAGGGACUGAUCAAAAGCAGUCUAAUCAAGAUUGAUGCACAUGCUGUAUGUAUUAAAUGUCGUUGGGUUAAUUGAGCAUGAAUAGGUUAUGUUUUGAAUCCUUGCAAUAGUAAAGCUUGGAUACUUAUAGAAGAGGGGAAGAGUUGAUUUUGUUAAUGAGUGUUCAUGUCUGAUCUCCUAAAUUAUAUUUGGCCAUGGUUGGCAUAAAAUAUUGGUGCUGGAAAGCCUUUGAGGGAUAAUUGGGGUGCAACUCCCAGAAGAUCCAUAAUUCUGACAAUAAGGAGGAGUUUGCAUUUGUGUCUCAAAAGGGA